CAGCUGCGUAGAGCAAACGACCUGAAGCUCGUUGAAUGCCAAAAAAAUAUUAUGCUUCCUCGGAGGUUGAAGCAAUUGGUCUUUGUAUCUUUUCACAUUUUUCUGGCAGUGUUGUUCGUUGUGGCGAACAAUGACUUUUGUGCAAGCGUUUUUGAAACUCAAGUUGGUAAGUAAUAACUCGAUCAGAACCUGCGGCUUCAUUUUUUUAUAGUUAAUGUUUCUACAUCGCCAAUUUCCUAUUGCAAAAUUUUCAGAUUUCACUUUACUUGAUCAUGUCAUCAACAAAACUGAUGUUGCCGAUGAGUUUGAAUGUCAGCUAAAAUGUAUGGGAAACAACAGUUGCAAGUCGUUUAAUGUUCAUCGCAAUAAUGCGAAGAAGCUUUGCGAGCUCAACAACAAAACCCGGCAGAUGAAGCCAGGUGAUUUUCAACGGAAGAAAGGAUCUACAUACUAUGGUUCAGUUCAGGUGAGUUGAAAAUAUAUUUCUGGUGUGCACAUAUUCCUUUUUAUAUUCGAGAGCGGCACAAGGCGAAGAUAAAGAAAAAAAAAAUCUCUCUGAUAAUCCGUUUUAUGCUAGAAAUUUGGAGCACCUUUACCCUUUUUUAACAACUUUCAUUAUCAUCAUAAAUUCAUCCUCAUUUUCAUAAUUAUCAUUUUUUUAUUGUGCAAAGAAGAAAGCUAACUGAGAAAAUUCAACUGCAAAAGCUCUUACAUGGAGUUAUGACGCAGUUCGUUAAUGUUUCCUUCUUUUGUGUUGAUCAAUUUUUAGAGCGUGUGUAAUUAUACAUGGUCUUGUUAUACUUGGUUUUGCUCACUGUCUUCCCGAAAAGAAUGUAUAAACUAACCUCUUAUCCUACUCUUUAAACCUGGCAAUAGAAAUCUAAAGAAGUAUCCCAAGGCCAAUGGAGAUUGAUUAACGAUUCAUUGGCCUCCCUUUGCUUUUCUUACAUCUGAAAUGAAAAAAACGAAAAGUCGUCUUAUGCUGUUAACCACUACUCGAAGUUAAAAAUAUAAAUCAAAGGAACUCAAAUAAUCACCUUAUUGAAUACCUAUCCUAAAAACCGACGAAAAACAACACGAAGAAACAUCUGUAUGUAAUACGUUUUGAUAAAACCAACGCAGGGCACUUGUGUGGAUGUUUCUCGUCAGCGAAGCGGCAAAACGAAGGGCGGCCAGUGUCAUCCGAACUACAAAGGAAAAUUGUGCCAAACACGUAAGUGAUAAAUAUCCUUUAACCUAAGAAUAACUAUUUAAUUGGUUCUUACCUAUGCUCCAUUGGAGGACAGACGCAUAAAGGCCUCAUCAUUCACAAGUUUCGCUUCUUUGUUAAAAACAAAUUGGUUCCAUUUUUCCGUGUGUUCAGUUGUUAGUUACAUUCUCCCCUAAGAAUCAGUCAUUAGGAUUAAGGAAUUAAAGAAUUAAAUGAUCACCUACGAGACAAGCCGUUGAUCGUUAAGCAAAGACUCACUGUCAUUACCGCAGGCAAUGUGUAACGAAAAGCGUAGAUAAUAUGAGUAUUGAUGUAAAGGGUUAAAGCGCACUUAUAGAUUUUGUUGAUGAUAAUAAGAGCUGCGAUUUAGGAACUAAAUUUGAUCUCUUUCUUUGAAAAUUAUCAAGUGAGACUUGGCCAGUCUGCUGCAAAUCCUGGAAAAUCUUGCAAGGAUAUUCUUGAUUCAAAAGACUCUGAAGGAGAUGGGGAAUACUGGAUCGACCCUGAGGGCAAAGGAAAUCCUUUGAAGGUCUACUGUGAUAUGAAAACUGACGGAGGUAGGUGAAUGGUGCCAAGAGAUGAUACCGCAUAAAAAUAUGCAUCGCAAUCUGUCAUGUCCUAAUUAUCUACUUAUCAAAAAAAAAAAAAAAGUAUUUUGGUGAGUAAAGAACGAUCUAAAUGUCAAGUCUAUUCCUUGAGCAGUUUACAUUCAAUUUACCGUUUUUCCUUUGUACAUCAUAUUUUUUCCAAUUUGAUAUGCGCAUUGGAAAUCUAUUAUGGAAUUUCUGCACUAAUUUUUUAUCAAGUGUGUGCUCCAGCGGAGUUGUCGACUGGGGCCUUAUUUGUUACCUGAUUAUUUUGGUAGCCAAUAAGGGUUCGACUGCCUAGCAUCCUGCUCGCUCUUGUAAGGAGAUCCGAGACUUUGGGGACUCCAUAGGAGACGUGGAGUACUGGAUCGACCCAGAGAACAAAAGGAAUCCUUUUAGGGUCUACUGUAUCAUGAAAACUGAUGGAAGUGAGCCGAGCGUGAAUGACUUACCAACGAAAGGAGUUUAGUGCGUCUGUUGCGUACACGUCACAAUAGAGAUUAAGAAUUUUGAAGUAAUUAAGGUGCCAUGCAAAACUUAAAAUAUACAAGAAAAAAAUCAACGAUAAAACUUAAACAAAUGAUUUUAGACGAAGGAAGAUCUAGUGAAAAUCUUAAAGAAUAUGCAUUAUGGCGAGCGAAAAGAAAGCAAAGAAAUAAAAUGUUGGAAUUAUAAAUAUCAACACACAAAAAACUCUAAGAGAGUACGAAAAUGCUCACGUGUGGUCCUUACUCUAAAGACUGUUUGAUAGUGUUGCGUAAUGUUUCAUUUCAGGAGGCUGGUUACUUGUAGCAAACUUUGUUUUGAACUCUACUUCACCCCUUAACUGGACCGCUGAGUCAUCAUACCGCGGAAUCAGAAACUUUACUAACAACAAAAUGGGUAUCACAGUGAGUGCACUGAAAGAACUCAGGUCACACUUGCCUUUCACUCAGCUACGAUUCCACUGCAGUAAGAAACAAGGUCGUACGUUCCACGUGACCACGGUCAAUAACAGCACCGGUGAAGCUGUGGUUGAGUACUUCAGCGGCCAGACGUAUGUACGUCCCGAUUCAUGUGGGUCUUUUCAGAGAAUGGAAGACGACAACUCUAAGUUGGUCAUUGAGUGUGAGAGUUGGAAUAAUGACGGAAAAUGGGGAUUUAAUGGAGGCGAUGUCGAAUGGAGGCUGUACAGGGGGGUUGCACGCGUUCCACGCAACUAUCGUUGGAAUCUACUAUAUGGAUCCUGGUAUUGCGAUGAUUGGUAUCAUGUCCCCGUUUCGCCAGGAGAUUUUUGGAAAAUCUAUGUGCGCUAA